AGUCGCCUGAGCACUCUCGCGCAAGCACCAAACAAAUGUAAUUUUUAGUCGUUAGCUUGUGCUCGCAACUAUCCGAUCACGUUGUGUGCCGUAGACACUUUGUGCCUGCGUGUUGCGUUUGCCAGAUGACAAUAUAUAGUAAUCAUAUAAGCUACGUUAAGUAACAGCCCCUGUUCGAAAUGUCGCUCGCCUCCCUAGGCAUCAGCGCUGGCUUCAUGGUCGGCUGGUGCAUAGCCGCUCAAAUCGCUCGUCGAGUAACCCGGCGCCUGCUCACCAACGAGGGCAUUGUGCCGGUGCUUAUGAAUGAAGCUAUAGCAGCCGCCGAACUGUGUGCUUGCUGCUUCGAGCUUAUUAUUGUGGCAGACAAUUUUGGCGUGGCAGCCUACGCAAUCUUCCUGUUCAUGCUGACCGUGUGGUGGGGCAAGGUUUGGGGCGAUGCAUCCGCCUGCCCCUACACCCACAUGGAGGACAUGCUUGAGGGGCGCACAACGUUUAAAGAAAUGGCAUUGCGAACUUGGGCGGAGCUGAUGGGUGGCUGUUGCGUCUACCGCAUUGUUCAGGUCUUCUGGUGGCUUGAAUUCGCAGAAACACACAAAGGCCGGGCAUUUGAGGAGUGUAGCGCUGACUUAAAAGUUAGCCCCUACGUGGGCGCCGCUAUUGAGGGUGUGGCCACACUGCUCUGCCGCCUCGCCUCAAAAGCCAUAAGCGAGAAGGAGCCGAAAUUCAGCAGCUAUAUUGACUCCUUCAUUGGGACCAGCCUGGUGGUGGCAGCUUUCAAUUUCUCCGGCGGCUACUUUAAUCCUGUGCUAGCCACGGCUCUAAAGUGGGGAUGCCGUGGACACACAAAUCUGGAGCACAUCAUUGUGUACUGGAUUGGUGCGUGCGUGGGCGCAGUGUUGUCGGUACCUAUCUUCAAGCUUCCAAAGGUGCGUCGCUUUUUGUUGGGCGAACAAAAGGAGAAGGAAGAGUAAGAUGGAUGAUGUGGUGUGCAGGCUGAGAUGACAGCAACAACAGCGAGUAGUUCUAGUCCAUUAUUUAUUUAUUUAACUUUUACGUUGUUAGUACUUUUAACUUAAUAUUUAUAAUUGUUUUUGUUAAUACAUAUCAUAAACAUAAUUAAAGUAUAUUUCUAGCUUGAAUAUAUUAAUACACAUA